CGCCUCAAAGUGCUGGAAUGUUCUCUGGUCUCUUUUUCCUCCCGUUACGGCUGCCAAAAUCACCGUCCCCGGCUCAUUCCCUUCCCCUGAAACCCUAGCGAAAGAGGACGACCGAUCUCGCCGCCCCCCUUCCUUCUCCGGCCAUGAACGCCUUCCGGUUCUUAGGCGACAUGUCGCACCUCUUCAGCGUCCUCCUUCUGCUCCUCAAGAUCUACGCCACCAAGUCCUGCUCAGGGAUCUCGCUCAAGACGCAGGAGCUGUUCGUGCUGGUGUUCCUCACCCGCUACCUUGAUCUCUUCAUCUACGUUGUCUCGGUGUAUAAUACCAUCAUGAAGCUUGUGUUCGUCGCCAGUUCGAUCGCCAUUGUCUGGUGCAUGAGGUACCACCCUGCGGUAAGGCGGACCUACGACAAGAGUCAGGACAUGUUUCGGCAUUACGUCCUUGUCGGUGCCUGCUUUCUCCUCGCGCUCGUCUUCCAUGACGAGUUCACCAUUCGCGAGGUGUGUUGGUCGUUUUCUUUAUUUUUGGAAGCAGUUGCAAUACUUCCACAAUUGGUUUUGCUGCAAAGAAGUGGAAAUGUUGACAAUUUGACUAGCCAAUAUGUCUUUUUCCUAGGGGCUUACCGAGCAUUUUAUAUUCUCAACUGGAUAUAUCGUUAUGUGACGGAACAUCACAUUUCCUGGAUAGCUUGGAUUUGUGGUCUUGUCCAGACAGUUCUUUAUGCCGAUUUCUUUUACUAUUACUUCAUAAGCUGGAAGAACAACGCAAAGCUUCAACUUCCCGCUUGAGUUCUGCUUGUUGGUGUUCCAUUCUAAUAUUGGAUACCUAAGUUGUGACUUGAAGACCGAAAAUCUAUCAUAUAAGAUGGCAAAAAAAUUAGAACAUGUUCUACUAUCAAAUUAUUUCAACUAUGGCACUAGAUAUUUAAAUUCUAUAGUGAGAUACGUAGUGCAGACUUCUAAAACUAACAGGUGAGUACUGGUUCAAUAAUAUUCUUGUAUUUUGUUAUGACUUAAGAAAUCAAAGUUUUGGAAUGUAGUCGGGAAUGGUUUUUUUUUUUUUUUUUUUUUUUUGCAUGUAUCAGGAGAAUCUCGAUGAUAUAUUGAAUUUAUCUGACAAAUUAGUUCA